GCCCAUAAGAAAUUCCAUACGAAUUCGGCCAGCCGUCAAGCACGCGCUAUUAUUAGCCCACGAGAGCUCACAAACCUCUUCGGCCAUUUCCCUCCUUCGCCUCCUUCUUCCUCUCCUUAUCCACAAUUUCCAUACCAAUCCACUCGGCCUUCCCCUCGCUACCACUCCGCCUGCUGCCGCGCCAUGGCGCUCCACGCCGUCUCCCCUGCGGCGGCGGCCUCCCCGCCCUGCGCCCUCUCCUCUGCCCGUCUGCCCCAGCGCCCAGGUUGUGGUUGUCUCUCAAACCGUUCAUCCCUGUUAAGUUCGUCCACAAACUUCAUGAAAUUUCAGUCUGGAGCAGUGGGUUUCUUUGGUGUGCCUUUGGUUCUUCAACACUCGGACAAGAGAGCAGUUUUGAGGCAUGCCACUAAUGAAGAAAUUGAGGAAGAAAAGAUGAUCGUUGAAGAACAAGCUAAAGAAAAGAUGGAGAAGGCCAUUGAAACAGUUCAAUCGAACUUCAAUACCGUCAGGACUGGGCGGGCAAACCCGUCUAUGCUCGACAGGAUUGAGGUUGAGUACUAUGGAACUCCUGUAAACUUGAAGACUAUUGCACAGAUAAAUACCCCAGAUGCGACUUCUCUUCUUAUCCAACCAUAUGACAAGUCUUGCCUCAAGCUCAUUGAGAAAGCUAUAGUUGCUGCAAAUAUUGGGGUAACACCAAGCAAUGAUGGAGAAGUGAUACGAGUCACUGUCCCACCAUUGACAUCUGACCGCAGAAAGGAAAUGACAAAAACCGUAGCCAAGUUAUCUGAAGAAGGCAAGGUUGCUAUCAGAAACAUAAGACGAGAUGCAAUCAAAGCCUACGAUAAGCUAGAGAAGGAAAAGAAACUUUCUGAAGAUAAUGUGAAGGAUUUAUCAGCCGAUCUACAAAAAAUCACAGACGAGUACAUGAAAAAGGUUGAAGCCAUCCAAAAGCAGAAGGAACAGGAGCUGAGCAAGGUUUAGAUCCUGACCCGACUGAACAAAAACUGGCUACAUGUUUUCUGAAGCCCUCCUCGUCAUCGGAUGGUUGCCACUGCGCUGGGAUGCACUCAUUGGGUUGUUGGAGUCUUGCUAAAACUGAUGGAUGCGAGUUCAGACAGUGCCGCUGCGUCCAUCGUUUCCCUUUUGUAAUUAGGCCUUCCCCGUCUUGCUGCCCGACUGCCAUUGUCAAUAUUUCCAUGAAUUAAAUUCUGUGAUGUGCACUCUAAAAGUUCUUUUCACGUUU